GAAAGAUUUAAUAGGACGAACGCACAAUAUGGAUGCGAUUCAAAGAGUCAAGAGAGAUUAUCCAUGGAUUCAAACACCUUUGAUUGUAGGCGCGCCGAUGAGGCUUAUUGCGCUUGCCGAAUUGGCGGUUGAGAUUUCGAGGGCGGGUGGUAUUGGUUUCAUAGGCGCCGGAACAGAUAUAUCAACUCUAUCGACCCACCUCCAACACGCUCAAUCCCUUCUUUCCCCUCUUCCCCCAUCCGCCAUCCUCCCCAUAGGCAUCGGCGUCAUCUCCUGGGCUGCCCCCCUCGCCCCUGUCCUGCCCCUUAUCUCAACCUACAAACCCGCCGCAAUAUGGUUGUUCGCUCCAAAACAGACUUCGGACCUUAUUCCCUGGGCAGUCGAGACGCGGAAAGUGAGUCCACAGACUAAGAUCUGGGUGCAGGUGGGUAGUGUAGCUGAAGCGAUUGAAACAGUGAGGUUGGUCGGGCCGGAUGUGUUAGUUGUGCAGGGGGCAGAUGCGGGGGGUCAUGGGUUGGUGAAGGGGGCAGGAGUAGGGGUUUUGGUCCCAGAGGUGUGUGAUGCUGUUACUGCGUUUGGUGAAACGGAGAGGGUUGGAGAUGUGGUGGAAGGAGUGGUAGAGAAGCCGGUGGUUCUUGCAGCUGGAGGAAUUGUCGAAGCUAGAGGCGCAGCUGCUGCACUGGCGCUCGGUGCUGCGGGUGUGGUCAUGGGAACCAGGUUUCUAGCUUCCAAGGAAGCGGUGAUUGCGAAGGGGUAUCAGAACGAGGUUUUAAGGGCGAAAGAUGGAGGUCAGACGACUGUUAGAACGAAGGUUUAUGAUACGCUGAGGGGGACGACUGGAUGGGCAGAUACGCACAAUGCAAGGGGUAUUGUUAACAAGAGUUUUAAGGAUGCGGUGGCGGGUAUGGGGGAUGAGGAGAAUAAGAGGUUGUACGAGGAGGAGACGACGAAAGGGGAUGAAGGAUGGGGAGUGGAAGGUAGGAUGACAACGUAUGCGGGUG